AUGAGCGACGCCGGGAGUGAGCAGCAGUUAGAUACACCGCCGUAUCGGCGGCGUUUCGCCCCAUCGUCGAGCAGCGACUGCGAAGAUGAUGAUGAGGACACGCUGAAUAGCAGCACCUCAACUGCAGGGCCGCCAGGGUCGCAGCGGACAGGCCGCUACCACCGCCCAUGGGAGACUGGAUCCAAUACGAGUGGUAGCUCGCCGGGUAGCUCCGCACAGCGGGUGUACCAGCGCGGCGGGGCAUCAAAGCGGACCGGCAGCUACCGCUCCAUGUUCCCCAGCGGUCGGCACUCUAAUAGCAAUAACCGACGCAGUCUCAGCAACGCAAGCACUGUGGUGAGUCUCAUGGGUAGUGUUCAGGAGUGGAGUCGUUCAUUCUGUGUCUUCAACCCGGUAAGGGUAGCAGCAGCUGCAGCGUCGCGGCAGUCGGUACAUUUUGGCCACCAGCUCUUAUUCAGUGGGAAGCACAUCGUCCCUGGUGGUGGGGUGUCUUCGCCGGCGUGUCCUGUGUCAGGGACAGCACCGACAGCGGCUGGUGCGGAUUAUCACCGUCCAUCCACAUCCUUGAGCACAUCGUUUGGCUUCGGUACAGUGCCUGGCUUCGGAGGCGUAGAGGGAGGCCGCAGUGGGAGUGUACUCUUCACUGCCGGUCAACUGGCGUCACCAUACGCAUCGGCUAGUCCACUGCUGGGGGUGCACUGGGGCGGGCGUCAUUCAAUGCUAAUGAGUGCGCCAUCGAGCCCAAUGGUAGCAGCCUACUAUGCUAUGGGUGGUGCGGCACGAGCACUCGGUAGAGGGGACGCGGUUACUGUGUCGCCGGCGCGAAGGGAGUUGCCGAUGCUGUUGUGUGAGCUCCGCUGCUACCUUAGCCACACGGGGACACCCAUUAUCAGCGGCAAUGUGGACCAUCCAAUGGAUACUCGCAAAGGACCUCUGAUCGGUGUGGGUGGUUUCGCGAAGGUUUAUGCGGGUGUUGAUUGCGUAAGCGGGGCGCUUGUAGCCAUCAAAGAGAUAAACAUUGCGGAGGUAAAUGACGAAGCAGCACUGAAUUUAAUUGGGAAAGAAUUCGGACUACUUAAGUCCCUGCGGCAUCCUAACAUUGUGUCAUACCGACUCUUUGAACACAGUGCGUCGCAGAAGGUGUGCCGCAUCGUGAUGGAACUACUCACUGGUGGGUCAACGCUAGUUCUGUUGGAAAAGUAUGGCCCGCUGCGGGAGCCUGUCCUGCGCAAGUUUGCUAGGCAUAUUCUGCAAGCAAUUGCAUUCAUUCAUAAGGAAGGCAUUUCACAUCGCGAUAUAAAGCCAGCAAAUAUACUUGUAAGCUACGAUGGUGUUGUGAAAUUGUGCGACUUUGGCUGCAGCAAGCGUGUGAAUGAACUGAGUAAGUCGAAAAGUUGUAUAAUAGGAACUCCUCUGUAUAUGGCUCCAGAAUUCAUCAAGGGUGAGGCAAACCAUAAAUCAGAUAUUUGGUCAAUGGCUUGUUCCCUCUUUGAGCUGGCGACUGGACUGCUUCCGUGGUAUCACGCUGGCGUUCGCGAUAACCUUCCUCUCAUGUUUUACAUCACCACUUCGAGUGAGACCCCGCUUGUACUGCCGCAGCAAGAUGAUAUGUACGAUUUCAGCCCAGAGUUUAUUGACUUCAUGAACCAAUGCUUUAUCCGCGAUGUGGCACAGCGGCCAGAAGCGGCAGAGCUGCUGAAACACCCGUGGAUCACUGGCGGACGUGUAAGUCCUCCCGACACCUUCACCUCUGGUACGGGCGACAGACAGAGCCCGCACUGGACACCGAUGCCAAGCCCCAUUGACGAGGAGCUGCUAUGUCAGCAAGAGCUAGAGGACGUGUCGGCUCAUAUAUCGGUGGAGAUUUGUAACACCUGGAUGAUGGGCAAUUUACCGGCUUCAUCACCACUGUCCCCGCAACAUGUUGAGGCUCCGGUCAAAGGCGACGAUGGGACUCAGCAACCAUUGGAGCGUCGUCUUCUUGACUCGCAGGUGGAUGCAGGAACAAGUCGGUGUCAUAGCCCAGCACUGAGUUCACGCGGUGGUGGGGGUGGUGCUCCCAUUAGCCCAACUGUCUCACUGGAUGCGGCGUUGCAUGACAACUUCAACUAUGCGGUCCCACUUGGUGCAUCAGCGGGGCGUUUUGUGUUGCCGCUUUGCGGCUCCCCGGCGGCGCAACCAGGGGUGCCACAGUACUUACGCAUCAACGCCGAUGGGAAUCUUGACUAUGCUGUAGCUGAUGAUGACGAUCUGGUGGAGGUGGAAGGAGAUAUGGAGGAUGCCCUCGCUAGUUCCGGUCGCUAUCAAUACAACCGUACGCCCAGUUUUCAUUUUGCAUAUGGCAACAGCUCCCCUCCAGGCGGUGUGGGAGGAAUUCCAACGCCUCCGCCUCUCACCAGCAGCAGCAGCGUCAACCACACAAGCGGUCACAACGCCAACAGCAGCAACAAUAAUAAUAACCCUUCGUUUUUCUCUCUUGGGCGUAGUCCUGCUGGAAGGCACACACGCCAUGUAUCUAUGGUGGGCAACCAGAGUAUGUCGCUGAUCUCGAACUCAUCCUUCGCCUCACGUGGAGUGUCGCCAUCACGCCGCUCACAGGCUGCAUCAACAGCAUCACUGACUACAUCGCAGCAACUACCGAACAUGUUGAUGAUGACUGGUUCUAUGUCACUCCCUGCUGGAGUAUCUAUGAACCACAGCAGUGACGACAUGGCAGUUGAUCCACAAGGAGGUACACCAUCUACUUCAACUGUAUCGCGCUUCCCUGAUAGCAUCAAGCGCGAUAACAAUGGUCGCUUCUGUAUGUCACUCUCUGUCCCAACGGGAAGCCCUGACCGCUGUGUCAAUAUAGCACUCAGUAUUGACCCGGAGGACGUGCAAUGCAAGCUCGUCGAACGCCGCCCAAGUUAUGUGGUUGCGCUCAGUGACGAUGUGAAGACUCAGCUAGCGGCAAAGAUGAACGAAUUGGCUUCAAGUGCGAUGAAUAGUCCGCGGGAUGGCCUUGAAGGUGGGUUAGCGAAUACCAACAACCGAUUUUCUCGUAGCGCACACGGAAAUAGUAGCGUCUCAGUUUCCCCAAAGUCUGUUUCCCCAACCAUCUCACCUGCACGCCGCUCUUUCGGCGGCGUUCCAUACACGCACUAUUCCCCACGGCCGAAGCGUGGGGGCAUCGUUGGAAACGUCGGCAUGGCAAGUGGUGGCUCUGGUGUCCGAGGAAGUAGCAACACGAAUAACAGCAGUCCAGCAGGAUCAUGUGUGUCAGUGGCGCACUCUUCAUCCAACGGUGAUGGUGUGAAUCCGCCACCCACAUAG